UCAGCUGUGCAAAACAAACAAAAUACAAAAGUGUAAUAAUCAUUAUUAUUUUCAUAAAAUAAUAGAAUCUGAUUCUAUUUUUUGGAUCAGAAAUUCAAAAUAUCCAUAGUACGUAUCUAUGGUCACCCAAUUAAUUGUUCAACAGUGAAAAUUAACAUCUUAUCAAGUGGUAUUUUUCAUGAAAGAAGCAAUCAGCGAUCUCAAAAAAAAAAUAAAAUGGCUUUCAAAAUGAAUUACAGUUUUGAAGGAAAUGCAAAAAAUAGACCUGAACAGAACCUAUCAGGUUCUGGGAGAAAGUUUACAAAGGACACUCUCUUGGAGAAAACACAUGAAGAAAGACAAAAAAGACAAGAACAGCGCAGGAAAUUACAAAGUGCAGAAGUUCUCCAAUCCCAUAUUCGAAGUUACAUCUGUAGAAAACACAAAAAAGAUGAAGAGAGGCAAAUAUUCAACCAAAUAGAACAUUUGGCACCUAUUGAAGUAUUACUGAGAAAACUAUUAUUCUUCUACAAUCCUCAGCAAGAUAAACAUAAAUUGUUUUGUAUGGCAGACAAAAUCGUCACUAACCAUGAAUUGGUGAUACAGAGAAUGGAUAGUGAUGUGUCAUUCUCAUGGUUAAUGAAAAGAUACCUUUUUGUGUGCUUGAGAACCUUGAGUGAGGAUGGAGAUAACAUGAACCUGAUAAAAUCACUUUACAUAUUCACAAAUAGUGCUCAUAUAUUUGAGUACCUUAUAAGAAAAGACUAUUAUGGAUACUUAGGAAAAGAAAUGGAAUCAGGAAGUGGCCACAUGAAGGAAAUUAUACUACUGAUAGAGAAGCCAUUUAAAUUUCUUCAAGAAUCUGAAAGUUUAAAUGAUAUUGCUCUAGCUGAAUUUUGUCAGAAAUUUUUGAUCCCUACUAUAACUGACAGAGUCCAUAAUAACUUGAUAACUCACCUGAGGGAAAUGGGUUUUCCCUAUGACAGAUUGAUAAAAUACUUGAAUAGUGGUUUCCAUUUCCAAGGAAGUGAAAGUUUACUGUUAUGUGUUUUGCUUCUAGAACCUGAUCAAUAUGAUCCUAAUUUUGACAGCCUACGGGUGAUAUCAAAACUCAGUGCCACUAUCCAUGAAGUAAGUUCUUCAAUAAAUUGUUAUCGAAAAGCCGAUAGUGAUGAUGAAUUUGAAUUUGAUGAGACUGACCAAGAACGUCAGUUUUUGUUAGAUGAAUAUAUGAGCAUACUAAACAAAUACGGGAGAGUCAAGAAAUUCCUGAAUUUUUUUGAACGUCACUCUGAGAACGAACAAGUUGUAAUUGAUUUCACACAUUUGUGUCACAACCUGUUGCUGGUCUAUAAGGAUGCAGUGAGAAAAUAUUUUUUGUUAUAUAAAAUGGGUUUGAACAGCACCUACCUUAGAAAACUAUGGACAUAUCUUAACUCAAAUCAGUCUGGACAGUACCAAGCCAAAGGAUCAUUGAUUUCAUGGAGAGAAUAUCACACUUACUUGGCCGUUUUUUGUGAUUUGUUCACUUUCUAUACUGAAACAUUGACCGAUAAAGAAAAUUCCGAUACCAGUGAAACUUUUUCUAAAAACGAUCUUUUAUCAAUGUCCAAAUUGCUCAAAAACGUGGCAAGGGGUCUUAUCGAGGUAGCCUUUCCAAUGUGCAGGUCGAGUGGAAUUCCAUCGACUCCUGAAGUCCUUCAUUUAUAUAGAGCAUGCCUGAGUUCUCUACGAAUGUUAUAUAUGUUGGAUUUAAGGAAGCAAUUUUGUCCUCUUGGCUUUUGGACGUCUGAAAAAAUACAUAUACCGCCUGAUUUAUCAAGGAAAAAUUAUUUAUUCAGGAAUUAUAGUUCAUCGUUCAAUGGCGCAGGAUCAGAUAAUAUAGAUGUAGAAGAUGAUGAACAUAUGCCCCCACUAUCGACAAUUGAACAGCGCUCCCUAGCAAUUCUAGCGGAACUACCAUUCCUAAUCAAUUUCAACACCAGAGUUUUGCUUUUGAGAGACCUAUGUCGGAAUAGUUUAGGAGAAUCCAACUACCAAAGACUGCAUAAUGAAAUAAUGAAUGAUAAUGUUGUCGUCAUCAGAAGGACACAUCUGUAUGAAGAUGCUUUUGAUAAAAUUUCAUCCAAGAGUGAUUCAGAUUUAAAACAUAAAGUCCGAAUAGUAUUCAUCAAUACCGUGGGACUAGAAGAAGUAGGUAUAGAUGGGGGUGGCAUUUUCAAGGAGUUCAUCAACGAGGUCCUGAAAACCGCAUUCGACCCCAACAGAGGUUUUUUCACCCUGACAGCUGAUAACACCCUGUACCCAAAUCCCAAUGUCCACCUAAUCGUAGACAAUUUCACUGAUCAUUACUACUUCAUAGGAAGGCUUGUUGGAAAGGCUAUCUUCGAGAAUAUCUUAGUCGAUCUUCCUCUAGCAGAGUUUUUCUUGGCAAAAUUAUUGGUAGACAGAGCAUCAGCUCACUAUUUGAAAUCUUUGGACCCAGUGUUGUACAGAAAUCUUUUAUAUUUGCGAGAUUACAAUGGAGACAUAAGCGAUUUAGGGCUGGAUUUUACUGCAGUCAGUAACGAUUUAGGGGAAACGAAGAUUACCGAGUUGAAACCAGGUGGCGCGAACAUUCCAGUGACGAACUGGAAUCGCCUGGAAUAUAUCCAGAGAUUGGCGGAUUUGAAACUGAAUGGACAGAUGAAGAAGCAGUGUGGGGCCUUCAGGCUCGGACUCAAUAGUGUGGUACCCAUUUCUCUGCUGAAACUUUUCAGUCAUAAAGAAUUGCAAGUUAUUAUCGGCGGGGAUAAUCAGGAAAUCGAUCUGAGCGAUCUGAGUGCACAUACUUUGUAUGGAGGGGAAUUUACGGCGGAUCAUCCAACAAUUGUUUUGUUCUGGAAAAUCCUGCAUAGAUUUACAGAUUUGCAGAAGAAACAGUUGUUGAAAUUUGUGACUAGUUGUUCAAGACCUCCAUUAUUGGGUUUCAAGGAAUUGAAUCCCCAAUUUUGUAUUCAGUCUUCUGGAACUGAAAAUAGAAUGCCCACAGCAAGUACCUGUCUGAAUUUAUUGAAAAUUCCUAUCAUCACUGAGGAGGAAACUCUUAGGAAUAAAUUAGUAUCAGCCAUCGAGCAACAGGCUGGUUUCGAGCUCUCCUAAUCUUAUUAUCGUACUUGACGUUAUUUUUUUUGGUUGAUUGUAUUUUAUUAUUUUGUUUUAUUAUAUAAACUCUAAUGUGAUUUCCUCUUAAAUCUUGUUUUCU